CAGCCUGUACUCACGCGGGCGCUGGGAUUAACACGGCCCUGACUGCGCUCUGUUGGCGUUGAGCUGGGGAGGCACAUUGAGUGGCUGGAUGGCAAUGCGGGGACCUGAGCAGACCGUGGUUCUGGGCCUGGUGCUGCGGCUGCUGCUCGGCUUGGGGCUGGGCCUGGAGGCUGCCCCAACCCAGUUCCCGGCCCAGACCCCAGGUCCCAGCCCAGGUUCAUGCCUGCCCACCCACUUCCAAUGCCGCAUCACAGGCUACUGCAUGCCCCUCGCCUGGCAUUGUGAUGGUGACUGGGACUGCCCCGAUGGCAGCGAUGAGGAGGAGUGCAAUGAGAAGCCAUGCAGCCAAGACAAGCAGUGCCCACCACCCAUGGACAGCCCCUGCUCCUGUGACAGCAUUGAUGGCUGCAAGAACCUCCCCAACUGCAGCAGCCAGCCCUGCCAGGCAGGGGAGCUCCGCUGCCCGCUGGAUGGCACCUGCAUCCCACCCACAUGGUUGUGUGAUGGCCACCCAGACUGUGUUGACUCCAGUGACGAGCUUGGCUGUGGAACUGAGACCCUCCAAGAAAGCAUGUCUGUGGGGACCCCUGUGACCCCAGAGAGUGUCACCUAUUUCAGGAAUACCACCUUUGGCAGGGUCCAGGACUCAGUCCAGUCCAGAAGUCGAAGUGCCUACGGGGUUCUCACAGCUGCCGUGGUGCUCAGUGCAGGUCUGGUGGCUGCUACCCUGUUUGUGCUGUCCCAGCUCUGUGCUAAGGGGCUCUUAAGCCCACUGAAGCUGCUGUUAGAGAGGACUGCCUCAUCCUCCUGAGGAUGAGCUCUUGUUGUCACAUUGUCGGGGCCCUGAGUGUGGCGGCUGUGGGGACAUGCAUGCGGCUGAUGGCACACCAACCCUUGGACAUGUGUUCUUCUGGCCACACAGAACUGCAGACCUGAGCUCCUGAAGAGGUGACCCUGGAGAUUACAGGUGCCUGAUCCCCCCCCCAAAUGUGGGGGGCCUGGAUGGAUAACAUGUGUCAGCUGGAACCAAGGGGUUGUCCCCAGGCCACUCCAGGGUGGGGGUGACCCUUGCUUGGACACUGCCGCUGCCCCACCCUAUCCGAGGGUGGUGAUUAAAGUUAUUUCAUGUAA